AUGCAGUUUGUUCAAGCAGCUCGGGAAAAUGGAUUGGCCGUGGUGGUCAGCGACUGUUUCCUUCACCCAUGCCUAGCUGAUCUGGCCCGGGUGGUCGAUGAGAAGAGGGACCAGCAGUUCCAAAGCACAGAGAGAGUGUCUGCGGAUAACACCAAAUGUCUCUUAUUGGAUUCCGGCAAACUGGCGCGGAUGGGGCUACCGAACGCAACUUUGAUUGAGGCUUACCCAGUCACGGAUUUUCAGAAAUUUUACGUCUCUGCCCUCCACAACAAUACUCUGGAGAAAUGGGCAUACUGCUACAUGGACCUCCCCUCUACUCUGGACAUUACAGUCAUCGUCGAGAGCUGCCGCCGAGUAUGGGCGCACCUAGAUAUUCUACGAGUGGUCUUUAUAGAUCUUGAAGAUGGUCCCGUCCAAGCUUUGUUCAGCCAUCUCCAACCAACAAUCAUCAUCCACGAAAUUCCAGGCGACCUGUCGGAGGGUUCCGAGAAGAUUUACCGAUUCGAUGGAAUCAGCUUGGCUACUAUUGCCUCCACCUUUGCCUCAUUCUGUGAUGCGCAAGAACCGGCCCCCAACCCCAGUUUCUCGAGCUAUAUGUCUUAUUUGUCGGACUCUCGUGGGCAAACAUACCCAUACUGGAGCUCUCUCCUCUUCGGCUCCCAGCCAACCCGCUUCUCCACCGACACCGACAGGACGAGAGUCGAUGUUGAUGCACCCUUGGAGUCCAAUGACACCCAGCCCAGCGAAGCAAUUAUCCUCAAGAAGAGACUUCCCGCACCGCCACGUCACGCGGAGUACACCCCGGCGACGAUUUUCACAACCCUGCGCGCCUGCGCAAUAGCCCGACUCACCAAUUCCAUUGACAUAGUCUUCGGCUAUCUAACCACCGGCCGAGCAUGUCUCCCUCCACACCUCCAAUCCAUGGCAGGUCCCUGUCUCAACAUCGUCCCGCUACGCAUCCAUAUGCCCCUCCAAGAAGAACCAGAAGCUGGCGAAGUCAUUUCCGCCACCAACACCAAAUCAUUCAACCAAGCGCUAUGCAACGCCCAACGACAGCGCCUACGAGGCUACGAAACCGACUCUGACCAACUGAGCGACAUCAUCACAAACUGCACAACCUGGGCACGAGACGGUGACAAAGAGUUUCACUUCGACUUUGGUGUUCAUUUCCUCAAUAUCGAGGACAAGCUGGAGACAAAAAUUGCGGGGGAGGGUGUCCGUAUUGUACCAUAUACCCCGGUUCCCGCGAUUACAUUUCCCACACUAAUUUUGGCUGCGAAACCAUCUGGCGAGGGCGAGUGGGAAGUUGAGGUGAGGGGCGGUGCGGCGUUUUAUUCUAGGAGGGAUAUAGAGAGGGUGAUGGAGGCGGUGCAGAGGAUGAUUGAGAAUUAUUAG